GCCGUCUGAAAGGGCGGCAGGAAUGGGGGGCCUGGUGGGGCACCUGUGGGGGCUGCUGCUGCUGCUGUUCCUCCUGGGGGCGCACGCGGAGAAGAUGCUGGCGCAGUUCUCCUUCGUGCAGCGGGGGCUGGGCCCGGAGAGGGGCCCCGGCGAGGACGCCUACGACAUAGACCGCGAGGAGAAAUUCCACGUGGACCAGGAGCGCCGGGAGGUCGUCCGGAGGCUGCCCGAGUUCGAGCACUUCGGCGGCUUCCCCGUCGCCGCCUCGCUGGCGGGCAUGGCCGUGCUGCGCUCCAACCUGGACAUCCUCAUGCGCCGCUCCAACAACACCCCGGCCCAGAACGUCCCCCCAAAGGUGACGCUGUACCCGAAGAACUCAGCGGUCCUGGGGGAGCCCAACCUUCUCAUCUGCCUGGCGGAUGGCUUCUUUCCCGCGGCAAUCAACCUGACCUGGGUGAAGAACGGGGAGGUGGUGAAGCCUGCGGAUGAGACGGACUUCUUCCCCAACACGGACAACUCCUUCCGCAGGUUCUCCUACCUGGCCUUCAUCCCCAAUGCCGAGGACAUCUACUACUGCCGCGUGGAGCACUGGGGCCUGGCCCAGCCCCUCACCAAGGAGUGGAACGCCGACAGUGCUGAGCCCCUCCCAGAGACAAAGGCGAACGUGGUGUGCGGCCUGGGCCUGGUUGUGUGCAUCACGGGCAUCAUCGUGGGCAUCGUCUUCAUCAUGAAGAUCCGGCGGUUGAAUGCAGCCAACGUACGCCGGAGGCCCAUGUAAUCAAAGGCGGAUGUGCCGCUCCCUCCCUGCUGAGAUCUGCGGCUGCCUCUUCCUCCACUUGCAUCCUUCGUGCCUCCUUCCUUGGCAAAACCUUUCCUCCUGGGGGGGGCACUCUCCUGAUCCCCCAACACCCUCUGAUGUGGCCCUUCCCACCAAUAUGGCUCCCACACUGAAAUGGCCCAGCACGGGGAAAGCUGGGGAAAGAAGUAGAAUAGCCCCGCGACACAGCCAUGCCUUCCCAGAGACAGACAAUCUGCCCCCCACCCCCCGCCAAGAGCUGCUAGCACCAGCCCCCAGUGGGCUCAUAGAAAUCCCUUAUAUUUUUGCUUUGAUCAAGGGAGACCCCUAUCUCUUGUGUGACCAUUGACAGCCAGAGCAGUUUCCAUUCCUGAUGCUCCAGCAUCUCUUCCCAAGGGACUGCCUUUCUUUGCAUGCCCAAGGGUGUGUGGGGGGUGUUGUCUCUCAGCCUACUUCUGGGUCCAGAGGAUCUCUGGAAAGAACCGGCUUGGAACCACACCCUGGAGUAUACUGGGCACUCGAUUUCUACCCUGUCAGGUAUUUGGAGAGAGCCUGCCAUGCUCCAGAGCAUCCCACUAUUGUCUUAGAUCUCCCUGUUUGUGGUCAGUGAAGAAGGACAGCUGACUGAGCCACCUUUGGACUGGCUCUUCUCCUGUUAACAGCAGCCUGACAGGCAGAAGUCAUACAGGUGAAUCUUUUCUUGGCAUAGAGGUAAAGUGAUGGAGGGGCUGUAUCUCAUAAGAACAUAAGAACGAGCCUGCUGGAUCAGACCAGAGUCCAUCUAGUCCAGCUCUCUGCUACUCGCAGCGGCCCACCAGGUUC